AAUUUGCUAUAAUUACUACAGCACCCACCGCCCAUUCGAUUUGACAGUCUUUGUUUUAGUGGACAGUUUGAUUUCAUACGAAUAAAUGCUUAUGCGCCGGAGGAACACGAAGAGCUAUGAUUAUAUAUCUUCAAUUAUUACUCUGCGUGAAAGACCAGUUUUGCCCUUCGUCUCAUUGUUGUAGAAAUAAUUAAUUAAGGCUCGCAUCGUUUGUUUACAGUAUAAUAUUUAAUAGUGGUUCCAAGAAAUUUCAGGCUACUGGAAGAAUUAGAUCAAGGCCAGAAAGGUGUGGGUGAUGGUACCAUAUCUUGGGGUCUUGAAAAUGAUGAUGAUAUGACCCUCACAUACUGGAUCGGCAUGAUCAUAGGUCCUCCUAGAACUCCUUAUGAGAAUAGAAUGUAUUCCUUAAAGAUUGAAUGUGGCGAGCGAUAUCCUGAUGAACCACCUACGAUAAAAUUCUUAACAAAAGUUAAUAUUAAUUGCAUUAAUCAGAAUGGUGUGGUUGAUCCUAGAUUAGUACCCAUGCUGACACGAUGGAAUCGUGAAUAUACAAUUAAGUCAUUAUUACAAGAAAUACGUCGGAUUAUGACUUGCAAAGAGAAUCUUAAAUUGGCGCAACCACCAGAAGGCACCUGUUUUUAGUUGAGCAAAGCAUUUACAAUAAUAGCCGCAACAACAAGAAAUACUAAAAUGAAAUUAACAUCAUCCUUAAGUAAAAGUAAAACAACUACAAUAACAGCACUAACAACAGCAACAAAUUUGACCUAAACAAACAGUGGCUGGUAAAAACAAAAACGCUUCAAAAGUCACACAUACACACACUUUCUAAGAAGCAUAACUUUUUUUUAUUGGAAAUGCGAAAACGAUGAUUUCUUUUUCAUAACAGCUUGCCCUAAUUAAAGAACGGUUUUGCUGUUUAAUUUUGUCAUCAUAACCAUUUUUCAAAAAUUUUUAUUACAUGAAUUGCAAAACUCAUUUUUAUUUAAAAAUUAUAAAAAUAACGGAUUCUUCUUUAACUUCUUAACCUGAUGAUGAAGAACAAAUAAAACAAAAUGCUGCUGUUGCCUCUAUUAAGCCUAAGGUGAUUAAAAAGUAAUCAGUUAUCAUGUGUGUGUAAACAAAGAAAAACAAAACAAAACGGGUGACUUACAGUGUAGGGUAACGGUUGGUUAAAUUAAUGAAAUAAACUGUUAACACUGUUGCCUUUUUUUGACGAUAGUCAACGUCAACAUUAUUGUUUAAUGAUAAUCGUAAUGAUAUAUCGAAAGCUAACUCGAAGAAAAAAGUGGAAAACCAAUAAAAACAAAUUACUAUUACUAAUAUUACAUAUUGUGUAUAACAUUGUCAUUGCCGUCUUAACAUGUUGCAUUUAUAUUUGUUGUUCAUUUCACAAAUAAAGAACAGCACUGCAACAUGUAUUGAAAAGCAAGUAAUGUUUGCAGAAACAAUACGACUACACUCUCUUUUUAAGUAGCGUAUUAACUUGCGAGUCUAUGUAAUUAAAUUAUUCUUAAAUAAUUACGAAUUACAUAAUAAAAAUGCUAAAUUAAUAAUAAUAUAUAUACAUUUAUAUAUAGAUACGUAUAAAGGUUUUUCCCUCUCUGCCAGGUUGCAAUAAAGAAAAAUUGACAGCAGUGUAGAAAAAUUUACGAGAUUAAGUUUUUCUUUAAAAAAAGAAGGAUAUGAAACUGAUAUUUUGCAGUGGAUAAAAUAAAUCUACAGGAAUUUCGCUAAAAUUAGGGAAAAUAUAAAGCAGUGAAAUUUUUUAAAUAAUUUAAUGAAAAAAUCACACUACUUAUUUGCAUGCUUAUAAUAGUGUGUGUAUGCAUGGAUUGUGAAUUGGAAAAAAAAUGGGUUUUUAAUAAAUUGUCAUAAGGGGCUGUAGAGCUAGAAAAGAAUUUCAUUUCAAUUACAAUGCAAGCUAUUGCAAUUCUAGAUAUUUAUCUUUCCUUAUUUUCUACUUCCUCUCAUACCUUCUAUGUACCACGAAUUUUAUUGAGUUUUUAAUUUUCAAUAUAAUUCAAAUCAAUUUUACAAUUUUUAAGCAAUUUUUUGAAGAAACAAGU